AUGCACGAGCCGCAGCCGGCGACCUUGGGGCGGGGGGGGGGGGGGGGGGGGGGUGCUCCGCUGGGGACGCGGCGAGGCCUAGGCCUGCGGGGGCCCAGCCGGGGGCGGGAGCUCCAGAGCCGGCAGGAACUUGGAGCCGGGCGGUACUUAGACCCACGUGCGGCCUCUGGCUCGCUUCCGCCUUCUGGCCCUGACCCUGCGGUGAAGGACCUAACUCUUCCUGCCGCCGAGCCGGUCAGACGCAUCUCAGGUCAGAGCAGGGGCGAGAGGCAUCCUGCGCUGCUAACCCUGGGGAGUUCAGACCUGUCAGAACGGGUCACCCACGUCAGACGGUGGCCACGGAUGACCCUGGACAGAGCCACACUUGGAGGUCCCUGCCUGGGGGAGUCUCAGGACCAGAGAGUUGCUGGGACUAUGGUGCAGACCCGGGUCAGCUGGGGCCCCAUCCUCACAGCUGACGCUGGGCCUUAG